UAAUUAAUGAAAAAUACGAAAAACAAAAUUGUUUCUGCGUGAGAGAGAGAGAGACUAUGUGCGAGAAAGCGAGAGUGAUAGUGAGAAUGCUACAAGGCUGCAACAGCAUGAACAAGCUCCGCAGGAUCCAUUCUCAUGUAGUCAUCAAUGGUCUCCAGAACCAUCCCUCCAUCUUCAACCAUCUCCUCCGCUUCUGUGCCGUCUCCGUCACCGGUUCUUUGUCUUACGCUCUGCUUCUCUUCGACUAUUUCGAUUCUGAUCCAUCAACGACGGCUUGGAACUCCCUUGUCCGUGGCUUCUCCUUAUCCUCCUCUCCUCUCUCUUCGCUUCUCUUCUAUAAUCGAAUGCUUCUCUCCUCCUUUUCACGCCCCGAUAUCUUCACUUUCAGUUUUGCUCUCAAAGCCUGUGAGAGGCUCCGCUCGAUUCCCAAAUGUCUGGAGCUUCACGGUUCGAUAAUCCGAUCUGGGUUUCCCGGCGAUGCUAUUGUUUCGACCGGUCUCGUCCGGUGUUACUCUGCGAAUGGAAGGAUACACACUGCCUCCAAAGUGUUCGACGAAAUGCCUGUGAGAGACUUGGUCUCUUGGAACGCCAUGAUCUCUUGCCUUUCUCAUGCCGGUUUACACCACCAAGCGUUGAGUAUGCACAAGAGGAUGGAAAACGAAGGUGCGUGCAUCGACGCUUUCACGCUCGUUGCUCUGUUAUCGUCUUGUGCUCACGUUAGCGCUUUGAAUAUGGGCGUUAUGCUACACAGGACCGCCUGUGGCAUUGGCUGUGAGAGGAGUGUCUAUGUAUGCAACGCUCUUAUCGAUAUGUAUGCAAAAUGUGGUAGCCUUGAAAAUGCUGUGAGUGUCUUCAACGGGAUGCGCGAGAGAGAUGUGUUGACCUGGAACUCAAUGAUUAUUGGGUAUGGAGUUCACGGUCACGGCGUCGAGGCCAUCUCGUUCUUCAGAAAGAUGGUGACUUGUGGGGUUAGACCCAAUGCGAUCACAUUCCUCGGACUGUUGUUAGGUUGCAGUCAUCAAGGUCUAGUCAAAGAAGGAGCUGAGCAUUUCCAGAUGAUGAGUUCACAGUUCCAUUUAAGCCCCAAUGUUAAACACUAUGGAUGCAUGGUGGAUCUCUAUGGACGAGCAGGUCAGCUCGAUAAGGCGCUCGAGAUGAUACAUACGUCUCCUUGCGAAGAAGAUCCUGUCUUGUGGAGAACCCUGCUUGGCUCUUGCAAAAUCCACAGGAAUUUGGAACUAGGAGAAGUGGCCAUGAAGAAACUGGUGCAGCUCGAGGCGUUUAAUGCAGGGGAUUAUGUGCUUAUGACUUCGAUAUAUUCCGCAGCGAAUGAUGAUCAAGGUUUUGCUAGCAUGAGGAAGCUAAUAAGAAGCCAUGAUUUACGGACGAUACCAGGAUGGAGCUGGAUUGAGAUUGGUGAUCAAGUUCACAAAUUUGUCGUCGAUGACAAAACGCAUUCGGAGUCCGCGAUCAUUUACUCAGAGCUGCAGGAAGUAGUCCGUCGCGCAAAACUAGCUGGCUACAACCCAGAGGACUCAAACAUAAGUGGUCCAGCUCUCUCUGAUCGGUGUUUAGGAUCUGCAUUUCACAGUGAAAAAUUGGCCAUUGCGUAUGGAUUGAUGAGAACUCCUGCAGGAACAACUCUCCGGAUCACAAAGAAUCUUAGAGUUUGCAAAGAUUGUCAUUCGUUUACAAAAUGUGUCUCUAAAGCAUUCAAUCGGGAAAUCGUUGUGAGGGACAGAGUUCGGUUUCAUCACUUUUCAGGUGGUCUUUGUUCUUGCAACGACUACUGGUGACGACGUGGUCGUUCUCGAUAGGCUAAAAAGGUUUGACAUUCUCUUGGUUUUACUCUCUCUUGGUGUUACAGAUUCCAUGUGCCGUAGGCUAACUGAUAGUUCGCUUGUUCUGUUUUCUGAAUCUAUGCUAUUUCUUUCAUAUAAAUAUAUGUAAAUAUAUGAAAGAAUUAAAAAAGAUGUUCGUUCAUUUUUUUUCCCGCUAGAAGUAGAAGAAACCAUUCACACUAUAGGCCAUGUACUCAUCGCACGCUCUGUUUUUUUUUUUUUGUUUCAGAAGAAAACGAAUUUCAUCACAAAUUUCACUAGAUUUUGUUUUUCUUUCUUAAAUUCCAAAAGAAUUCGACUUAAUUAGUAGCUUGUAUAUAGAUUAGACGGUAAACAUAUUCAUUUCGUUGUGAAAAGCGUUUUAUCUAAGUUGUGUGUGUGAUCUCUCUAACGAACGACUCGAUGGCGAUGCCGCCAAGAAACAACCGCAAAGAAGUUUCCUCGCCGCCGUCACCAAAACGCAACCCCCACAUUCCUUUCCGCUCUUCGUCUUCUUCAUCUUCUUCCGCCGCCGAUAACUUCUCUUCUGAUCGUAGGAUGAAGCCUAUCGUUUUCCCGCCAGGUUUUAAGUUUGUACCAACCGACGAAGACCUCAUCUUCCAUUACUUGAAACCCUUCGUGCGAAACAGCAAAAUCCCACCGCCCAACGUCCCAAUUCAUCUCGUGAACAUCUACGAGUCCAAUCCAGAACGACUUUCAGAGGAAUACGAGAAGGGUAAUGAUAAAGAAUGGUUCUUUAUAACGGAGAGGACCAAGUUGCAAGAAGGUGGGAAAAAUCAGAAACGAAGUGACGAUGGAGGAACAUGGAAGGCAAUAAUAACCAAGAAGAUUAAAGCUGGACAAGUCGUCGUCGGCUAUAAAACCGCACUAGAGUACCACAUCGGGAAAAUCCCAAAUGCUCUAAAAUCGAAUUGGUUGAUGCAUGAAUUCUGGGUGGAGCCUUCUUCUCACGACAAGUCUGAUUGCGAUGUGGAUCAUGCCCUGUGCAAGAUUUACUUGACGCCGAAGGCAUAUAAGAGAAAAGCAGAGGAGGAAGAGAACGAGAAGAUGAAGAUGAAGAUCAAAGAAGACGUCGUUGAAGCAUUAGAAGAGGAGGUUGAUCAGCCUCGUAAUGUUGCGUUUCAGGAGCCGUAUCAACCGCAGCAGCCUCGUAAUGUCGCGUUUCAGCAGCAGAUGAAGAUGAAGAUUAAAGAAGAAGUCGCUGAAGCAUUAGAAGAGGAGGUUGAGCAGCCUCGUAAUGUUGCGUUUCAGCAGCCGUAUCAACCGCAGCAGUUUCAGCAGCCGUAUCAACCGCAGCCUUGUCCGUUUAUAUCUGAUGAGAUGUAUCAGCUCUUCAACUCUAAUCAGAUCCCAGACGACUUUGAUGCUUUUUGGACUGGAUCCAUUGAUCCACAACCACUGGAUGGAGACAGAGAGUCAGGCAAUAGCGGUUAUUUGAAGAAAUCGUCAGAGAAGGACUGAUCUCGUUUCAUCUGUCUUGCUGUCUAUGGAGAUCUGCUCAGAAGUUGUUUUAUAUGGUUAGCAUAGCUUUUAUGGGUUUUGUUAUCAGUUAGGUUAUCAGAGAAAGAAUAUCGCCUUGUGUCUUAGUUUCUAAAACCAGAGGAUAGGAUAAUAAACAGUUUUAAAGCGAUUGAUUCGACAUCUUCUUCUUGUUUUAUGCUUAUAAGCUUACACAAACAGGUAUAUAUGGAUAUAGAUAUUACACAUUGGCC